ACUUUUAAGCAAAUGUACGUAUCUAGAACGUACAGAACUCAAAAAAGCGAGACAGAACUUUCUAACUUACGGUAAACGCGUUGCAGGUGAUAACUUUCUCCUCUCCUACCAAUAGGCAACGACACUUCCUCCACAAUCAUCUCUCUCUAUCUAUCUUCUUCCUCGUCGUCAUCAUCAUUUUAUAUUCUCUGUAAAUUAAUCACAGAACCCAGAAACUGGGUUCAUCAAUUUUGAAUCUUUCCAACAAAUUCGAUCUCAGUCUCCGUUCAAUUUCAACUUGGAGGAGCCCUAAGCGAGACCUCCAUAAACUUCAAUUUCAAUUUCAAUGCCAAGCGUAGCUGUGAAACUCUACAGCGUCUUCUUCAAGCUCCUCCUCAAACACCGUCUCCAGAGCCUCAUCUCGAUCUCACCCGAUCAUGCCCCACCCGACUCCUUCGGCGUCUCGACCCGAUCCGACGAAUCCGUCGCGGCCGCGAACCCUUCCUUCGCCGACGGGGUCGCGACCAAAGACAUCCACAUCGAUCCGAUGACCUCGCUCACGGUCCGCAUCUUCCUCCCCGAAUCGGCCCUCUCCCCGACCGAGCCCAGAUCCGAUCGGAGACACAGCCUCACCCCUCCUCUCAACCACUCCUCCUCUCCGGCGGCGCCGGAGCCUCGGAGGAACAGCUACGGAAGCGAGAACCUGGAGCCUUACAGAGGGUACGCGCCGUCUCCGAAGAGGAGCUCGCGGAAACUGCCGGUGAUGCUGCAGUUUCACGGCGGAGGGUGGGUGAGCGGGGGUUCGGACUCGGCGGCGAACGACUUCUUUUGCCGGAGGAUCGCGAAAGUGUGCGAUGUGAUUGUGUUGGCGGUUGGGUAUAGGCUUGCUCCCGAGAAUAGGUAUCCUGCGGCGUUUGAGGAUGGUGUUAAGGUGCUGCAUUGGCUUGGGAAGCAGGCUAACUUGGCUGAUUGUUGUAAGUCUUUGGGGAAUAAUAAUAGACGUGUGAAUGGCGUUGAGUUGAAGAAAGUGAAUGUUCAGGGGCAUAUUGUUGAUGCUUUUGGUGCUUCUAUGGUUGAGCCUUGGCUCGCUGCUCACGCCGAUCCUUCCAGAUGUGUUCUUCUUGGGGUGAGCUGUGGUGGGAACAUAGCAGACUAUGUAGCACGGAAAGCAGUGGAAGCUGGGAAACUUCUAGAUCCCGUUAAAGUCGUUGCACAGGUUCUAAUGUACCCAUUUUUCAUCGGAAACAACCCAACACAAUCCGAAAUAAAGCUGGCAAACUCCUACUUCUACGAUAAGCCCGUCUCCGUCCUCGCCUGGAAACUCUUCUUACCAGAGAAAGAGUUCGACUUUGACCACCCGGCAGCAAACCCACUUGCCCAUAACCGCAGCGGACCGCCUCUGAAACUAAUGCCUCCAACUCUCACGGUAGUGGCUGAACACGACUGGAUGAGAGAUCGAGCCAUUGCUUACGCAGAGGAGCUUAGGAAGGUAAACGUAGAUUCACCAGUUUUAGAAUACAAAGACGCGGUCCAUGAGUUUGCAACGCUUGAUAUGCUUCUCAAGACUCCUCAGGCGCAGGCUUGCGCCGAAGAUAUUGCUAUAUGGGUCAAGAAAUAUAUUUCUCUCCGAGGACAUGAGUUCUCUUACUGAGGAUUUUUACCAUGUUAUUAUUAUCAUUCAUUCUCUUCCUUUUUUUGUAUGUAGAAAGAUUUUGUGAAUAGGAUUACGGACGACUUAAGAUUUUGCAAAAUGUCAUCAAUUUUUUUAUUU